UGUAAGUGCUCCAACCCUGUUAUCUCAAUCUCUGCCGUCGCAUAGUUCUUCAACCCCCAAGUGCAUACGCCAUGGCGUUCGGCAUACUCAACGACAAGCAUUUGACCAAUGUCCCCGGAACCGGGCUACUUUCUGACCUUGGUAUAGUGCAUGGAGCACAAAUGACAAUCACUGAAGCGACCCAUCUCAAACAUGGGACGGGUCGGGAUGCCCAUAUAAUAUUAAUACCCCAACCUUCCGAUGACCCUCGUGACCCGCUAAAUUGGCCUCGCUGGAGAAAGGAGGCUUUGUUCUGGACCCUAGCUUUUGCCGCUAGUUUGGACGGCGCCUUGUCCCCUCUAGCCAGUGCUGGAUAUGUGCUUCUAUCGCAGCAAUUUAGAGUGUCUGUCGACGAAGUUACAUCUUCGUUUGGUGCAAUUCUCCUGGGUCUUGGCUGCUUUAUGUUGUUUCAGGGAGCUUUGGCGGCGAAGUUUGGUCAUCGCAUAGUAUACUUGGGUUCGGUGUCCUUGAUGUUUAUCUCUUGUAUCUGGUGUGCCGCCAGCCCUAAUCUGGCAUCAAUUCGGGCCUCCAGGGUGUUCCAAGGGUUUGGAAUGUCAGCUUUACAAAGCUUGACAGCGACAACUAUCGAACAGAUCUUCUUUGUGCAUGAGCGCGGAAUACGGACUGUUAUCUGGAGUUUUGCUAUCCUUGCAGGCAUUACGCUUGGCCCGCUAAUAUGCAGCUAUGUUGUCGAAAACAUCUCAUGGCAAAUGGGGUUCUGGCUGGUUAGCAUUCCUUUGGGUAUUGGUGUGAUUCUAGUCUUAUUCUUCAUGCCCGAGACUACCUAUCAGCGCGCACAGGGACUUGAACAGAGCAACACAACCAGUGCUGACGAGAAGCAGACGUCGAAGGAUUCUACGGUCGAGAUACUGAGUCUUGAGCAACAGAGUCUUUCUCCACCGCGAUGGACGUCUCAACUUAAGAUAUAUAACGGGACAUUCUCUGACGAGAAUUUAUUCAAGAUUUUCCUCAGACCCUUUCCCUUCUUGUUGUCGCCAGUGACCGUUUUUCUUUUUCUGGUACACGGAAUGCAAACUGUUUGGCUCAGCCUGGUACCACUCUGUUCCUCCACCAUAUUCACCUUGGAAUACGGUUUCACUGCUUCACAGAUCGGUUUGACAAAUUUAGGAGGACUUGUCGGAAUCCUACUAGGGAUGAUGGUUAGCGGACCCCUCAUUGAUCAUGGCGUCGUGUGGAUGUCAAAGCGUAACGGAGGCGUGUACGAGCCUGAAUUCAGGCUCCUUUUCAUGUCCAGCAUGUUGUUUGGUUUAUUCGGGUAUGUUGGAUGGGCAGUCGGCAAUGACCAUCAUAUGCCGUGGAUUGGUGCUGUGGCAUGCAUUGCGAUGCUCAACUUCAGCAUGAUUAUAUCUGGCUCUGCCGCAGUGACAUAUUUACUUGACACCCAUGGUCCCAACGCCCUUCAUUGCCUCACUAUCAGCAACUUCUCAAAAAAUAUGGUUUUAUACGGGACCACCUUUUUUGCAAACGGCAUGGUGUUGAACCGAGGGGUAAGAACGUCUCUGCUAAUUCUAGGUGGAUGCCAUGGUUUCUGUUGGUUGUUCUCGAUUCCAAUGUACAUCUUCGGGAAGCGGGUUAGGUCAUAUAUUGCGAGGAAUCCCAAGCUAUUUGCGGCGCGUGGCACCUGAGCACAUCCUGUAGAUGGUUUCAAUUGGCAACAGCAUACUGUAUUAGUAGCACCUUCACAACCUCGGCCUAUCCGUAUAAGGGUAGUAUCUGCUCGCUUCAUCGAAGCUUUGAUUGUGGAGGUGGAACUGCUACAUCAAACACUCGU